UGUAUUUUAGUUUUUGCAAUGGUUUUUUUUUUAGUACAAUCUACAUAUAUUUAUUGAACAUUCGGUAACAAAAGAUGCUUGUGCAAAAUAUGAAUAUCAACCUCAUUAAUAGAAUCCCACAAACAAAAAGCAGUCCAACCAAACACACACUUAACCUCACUUCACACACAUUCUUUCCAUCCCCUCUUAUCUCUCACACAACACACACACACACACACACACACACACAUUCUCUCCCACAUUUUUCCUUCAGCGGUCCACAUUUCCCCAGAUAUUCCUCUCCGAUCAAAAACUCACACAAAAAACACGCUUCCCUAAAUAUUCUCAAAGAAAGCCAUGUCCCAAUGCAUCACCACACUCUUCUUCUUCACUUUCCUUUCCACAUUAUUCCAGCUGCCACUACCACUAUCCGCCCUACCCGUUUUACCCGACCCGGACCCAGCUACAGUCCAGACCCAGACCCAAACCCUCCACCCCGCCCCACCCGCCACCAUCCCCGCCUUCCCUGAGCAAUCCGCCGCCUCCGCUUGCCCCCUCGACCUCCCGGAGGACCUCUUCCACGGCAUUAAAUCCGCUUGCGGCUCCAAACCCCACCACCGACCCGAUCCGAAUUCCUACGCGGGCCAGCUCCACCGCAGCCGCUGCUGCCCGGUCCUUGCCGCCUGGCUCUACUCCGCCUACUCCAAAACCGGGCUGCGGACGACGGCGGCGGCAACAACCACCAAGGGCUCGGCCACUCAAACGGCGCCGUACGACAUGCCGGUGCUGCCGGACGACUCGGAGACGUGCGUCGACACACUGGAGAAGGCGUUGGGGAACAGAGGCAUAGAAUUGAAGAGGCCCAACGAGACGUGCGACGUCGUUUACUGCUACUGUGGGAUCAGAUUGCACCCAUUCACCUGCCCUGAGGCCUUUACUGUCAACACGCGCGGCAAAUUGGUCGGCGGAGCGGCGGUGGUGAAGCUGGAGAGAGAUUGCUUCAACGGCGGCGGCGGCGGUGGUGGUGGGCUUGCGGGUUGCUCUAAGUGCCUCAACAGCCUUUCUUUGCUUAACGCGAAUAAAUCGGGAAUAAAAAACAGCACGGAGAGGACGAGCAAAAUGCAUAACAGAGACUGUGAGCUGAUGGGUCUAACAUGGCUACUGAACAAGAAUCGACCUGCUUAUAUCCGAACCGUAUCAGCUGUUUUGAGGGCUCUGAUGAUGAACACGGACGAAUCUUCUUCCGAUCCUUCAUUUUGCAGUCUCAAUAGCGACGGAAUGCCACUGGCCGUUGAUUCUUCCGAAAUCAAUAACCAAUCUUCAUCAACGGUUCUGGCUGUACCACUUUCUUUGUUGUAUAUGAGCAUUGUUUUCUUGUUCAAUGGGUAUUAUCAUUAGCUGGUGGUUGUUUUGUCUAGCUACGUUUCAUCGACUUUAUUCGUUGUUUUAGUGUGGGGUCGAAAAAGUGAUUGUUAAAUUACUUUGUUAAUUUAGCUUUUAGCGAAUUUGUCGUUGGUUUUGGCCUCUAUGCCUUGUAAAUAAACCUUUUGAGUGAGUUGAACCUUCUCGUUUUUUCUUCCAA